GCGGGCGACGUUCGGUUCUCCAUCGCUUCGGCGGACCUCGACGUGGCCUUCUACCACAUGCGGGUCCCUGACGGCAUGGAGGAGUAUUUCAUGUUGCCGCCAAUCUCCGCCAAGUAUCUCGCGCCUCGCGGAAUCGCAGUGGCGGGGGUGAGCGGUGAGUCGGUCUUGCUGCCUCAGGAGGUACUUCAGACUUCUUUGGGUCGCGCUGGCUUCUCGCCGGGCGACCUGAUCCUCGACGGCCACUGCGGCUGCCAGCUCGCCGACGACCCUGACUCUGUCGUGGGCGCUGGCCACGUGGACAACUACUUUGUUCUCGGCGGCUCCCCAAAGACGGUGGGCGAGCGGCUGCGGGCCAUCGCGGACGAUUUGACGCACCGCGGGCUCGCUGUGCACGAGCUCGAGGCGCCCUCUCAUGACUGCGACUUCUUUGGGCUGUCGUUGCGCGAGGGGCGCUGGCUCAGCCUCAGGCAGGUCAUCAUCGGCUUCCUCCUCCGCGUGCUGACGGGCCACAUCGCAUGGGCGCUGCUGCUGCUGCGGAGGGAGCUGCUGUGCAUCCUGGGUGCGACCUACGCUUGCAUCGAGGCCGCCGUGUCGACGGCUGCCCCGCUCUGGCCCACCGUCCGGCACGAGCUCCAGCUUGUUCACGACCUGCUGCCGCUGUGCGCGGCUGCCCUCGGCGCCGCGUGGCAUGGGCGAGUUGCUUGCACGGGCGCCUCGCCAUUUGGGCUGGGCGUUGUUGCUCGCCGCGCCCCGCAGGACCUCGUGGGCACCAUCGGUGGAGUCGCCGAAAAGUGGAGGUACAAGGUCGAGGGCGGCGCUCAUGCAAGGAGUAGGGCGGUCGGGCUCGACCUCGGCGUUUCGUCAGUGCCGCUCGGGGACGUCGUCGCUGAUCUCGGGGAUGACGCUCGUGUACGUGGUGAUGGGAUCGAUGACUACUCGUCGUUCGCGGAUGUUCUGGGCGGGGCCCACGUGGGCCCGUUGGAGCUGCAGUCGCCAGGGCCUCUCGGGGAUUCCGACAAGUCGAUCCUGGGCAUGCGACCUGCCGUGGACUUCGAUGAGGCGUUGGUGGAGUUCAUGGACAACGAGUUCCUCAUCGGCAGCGCCGGCAACCAGGGGAACGUUCCCUUGGCGGCGGUGGUGCUCUUCCUCAGGUCCUUCCGCAUGCGGGCCCUUGUGCUGCUGGCGAAGGCUCCUCGAGCCGCAGCGGCCUGGUCGCGGCGCGCGCGGGCGUGGCCCCGAUGGCUGCUGCCGCGCCGCGUGGCGUCCGCCUGGGCCGGCCUCCUGAUCCACGACGGUUCCCACUUGCUGGCCCUCUGCAUCCUCGUCAUGUUCGCCUCGUACCUCAGGCGCGGGGAGGCGGCGAAGCUCUGCGCUCGCCACCUCGUCGCGCUGUCCGAGGCGGCGGGCCCGGGCUACCAGUUCUUCGAGCUGCUCCUGCACGAGGGCGGACAGGAGCCAGGCAGGACGGGCGUGAGCGACGAGAGCAUCUUGUUCGACCGCGGGCCCUUGCUCACCCCUCUACAGCCGGCUCUGAAGUUGCCCAUUACGCCUUCGGAGCCGCUGUGGGGACAGGAGGCGAGUCGUCUCGGCACGUUGCUCAGCCUCGCGGGUCGGCGGCUGUCGCUGGAUCGCCUUCGCCCCCACCUGUGCAGCCUGCGCCUUCGGGAAGCCUCGAACGUCAUGCGCUCCCAGAGGCGUCUGCUGGCAGAGACUCAGUGGCGAUGGCGCUGGCGGACUACCAAGAGCUUGAACCGCUACGCCAGGGAAACCAAGCUCCUGGACGGGAUCUCGUGGUUCUCGCCAGUGGUCAUGGAUCUCAGGGCCUUUGUCGAGAGCGGCCUCGUGGCGCGGGUCAGCGGCCGCCUGCCCGGCUGGCUGGCGACUGGCCUCGUCCCGGCCGCCGGCGGCGGCGCUGCUGGCCCCGACGACGGCGGCCCGCCGGCGGACGCGGUGAGGCGGCACUUGCAGCGGCAGUACCGGCGCGCAGCAGCGCCUGGCCGCGCCCUGCGGCGUCGCCCUGUCCUAGAGCUCUUCUGCGGGGCCAGCGCGAUUGCUAAGGCUGUGCUCGCCUGCGGUCUCGCUGCCUUCGGACUUGACUGGCAGCGCGGCCCGCUGGAGGACCACGUGCUGCCAGCAUUCGUCGCCACCGUCGUUGGCUGGAUCCAAUCUCGGGCC